AAACCUCUGCAACUGCAACCCCGAUACCGUCCCUCCACAUCCAUUUUACAUAUGUACAGUCUUCAGUGAAGAAGAGCUCUCCUCACAACUCACAAGAGUCACCAGAAAACAUGUCUGCUCGAUCCCGAUACUUUCCACCGAUCUCACUCUGCAAUGUGUCCGGCCGAGACACCCAAACGAUCGCCGCCGAUCUCGACGGCACUCUCCUCAUCUCCCGAAGCUCUUUUCCCUACUUCAUGCUGAUAGCCAUCGAAGCCGGCAGCUUUUUACGCGGCCUGGCUCUCCUUCUCGCCUCUCCUCUCAUCCUCAUUGCCUACAAAUUCGUUUCUGAGUCUCUUGGCAUUCAGCUCCUCAUCUUCAUAUCGUUUAAGGGUUUGAAGAUCCGAGACAUUGAGCUUGCAUCCCGAGCGGUGCUGCCAAGAUUCUACGCCGCGGAUGUGAGAUCAGAGAGUUGGAACGUGUUUAGCAAGUGUAAUAACAAGAUUGUAGUGACGGCCAACCCGACGGUGAUGGUGGAGCCAUUCGUCAAAGAUUUCCUCGGCGGGGACAAGGUGUUGGGAACGGAGAUCGAGGUCAACCCGAAAACGGGGAGAGCUACGGGUUUUGUGAAGAAGCCAGGGGUAUUAGUAGGGCAUUUGAAAAGAUCGGCUAUCCUGAAGGAGUUUGGUGACAAAUUGCCCGAUUUAGGAAUCGGAGAUCGCGAGUCUGAUCACGAUUUCAUGGAAGUUUGUGAGGAGGGCUAUAUGGUGCCGCAUGAUCCGUCAGCAACUCCGGUCCCCCAAGAGUGUCUGAAGAGCCCCAUCAUCUUCCACGAUGGCCGCCUCGUCCAACGCCCUACCCCACUCAACGCCAUCCUCACGUUCCUCUGGCUCCCCUUCGGCUUCAUCCUCUGCUUCAUCCGCGUCUACUUCAAUCUCCCACUGCCCGAGCGCAUCGUUCGCUACACCUAUGGUCUCCUCGGCAUAAAGCUCGUUAUCAGUGGCAAUCUCCCGCCCCCGCCCAGCAAAGGCUCCCCGGGCUCCCUCUUCGUGUGCAACCACCGCACUCCACUCGACCCCAUCGUCAUCUGCAUCGCCCUGGGUCGCAAAGUCUCCUGCGUCACCUACAGUGUAAGCAAGAUCUCCAGGCUCCAGUCUCCCAUCCCAGCAGUCGCGUUGACCCGUGAUCGCCAGGCUGAUGCCGCCCGCAUUUCCGCCCUCCUCCAAAAGGGUGACUUGGUUAUCUGCCCCGAGGGAACCACAUGUCGCGAACCCUUCCUCUUGCGGUUCAGCGCCUUGUUUGCCGAGCUCAGCGACCGAAUUGUGCCGGUCGCCAUCAAUACCAAGCAAAGCAUGUUCCAUGGGACCACGGUGAGGGGAGUCAAGUUCUGGGAUGUCUACUACUUCUUCAUGAACCCCAGGCCUGUCUACGAAGUCAAGUUCCUGAACCGUUUGCCGGAGGAGAUGACAUGCAACGCUGGUGGCAAAUCGGCGAUAGAAGUUGCCAACCACGUUCAGAGGAUAUUGGGGAGCACCCUGGGCUUCGAGUGUACUAGCCUCACUCGGAAGGAUAAGUACAUGAUGUUGGGAGGGAACGAUGGUAGGGUGGAGUCUAUGUAUUCUAUGAAAAGGUGAGAUCGACGAGGAUGGAGAAAAAAAGAAACACUACUCUACUGUCACUGUGUACUGCGUUGACGUCCAACAGGACAGCCCUCUUCUCAACUCUUAAUUAGCAUCAAUACUUGCUAUUUCCGUGUUUUUCUGGGUAUUAAAAAGUUUCCACAUCUAAGUCUCAUAGCCCCUUCAAUCUUCAUGUAUUAAUUGGCAUCAAUACUUCCUAUUUUUGUAUUUUCUCGAAACUAUACAGUUUCAUCUUUCUCUA